AUGGAGAACUGCGCGGCUCUUUCGCGCGCGCGGGAGGCCGCGGAGAUGCGCGGACCCGCGGGGGAGAUGCCUGCUUGGGCGCGGCCGUCCAACUGCUCUGAUUGGUCGCCGGAUCCGCCCUGGAUUCGUGGCACGGAUGCGGCCAAUCUCGCGAUGACACGUGUCGUGCAGACAGACCUUUGGGGGCACCAGUUCCCGCCGCCCGGCUCCUGCUCCUCCGAGAGGGAAGGCGCGAGGAAGCUUCUGGUGGUGGCGUGGCCGCCCGUGCAGGGCUUUGGUAUUGGCGCGCAGAUGCACAUCAUGUCUGCCGCUCUCAGCCUCGCCGUGGCCUAUGAUCGUGUUCUCACUGUGCUGCCUGGGAGCUUUGAACACGCUGCACAUGCGGCUUGCAGAGGUGGGUGGGUGGGUGGGUGGGUGGUUGGAUGCAAAUGCAAAGCAUACAUGGGCUUUGGCAUUGUAGCGCAGAUGCACAUCAUUUCUGCUGCCUUGAGUUUUGCCGUGGCCUACGACAGAGUGGUUACCGUGCUGCCGGAGAGUUUCGAGCAUGCUGCACAUGCUGCUUGCCGAGCAUUUGACAAGAUGCGCAUCAUGUCUGCCGCCCUCAGCCUUGCCGCGGCAUAUGACCGUCCGAGUGCUCACUGUCUUACCCGGGAGCUUUGGGCAUGCUGCUCAUGCGGCUUGCAGAGUCACGGGCCACCCCUCCUCGCUCUCCUGCUACUUCCUCCCAAUCUCCUCUCUCGAAUGCGAGCGGGCAGGCGCAGCAGCCAUGGUGGAGAGGCGAGCACAGUACCUCACUCACGCCCCUUUGCCCCCCGAUCACCCACCCCUCCCCACUCACCCAAUUCUUCUUUUUUCCCAGACACGGGUCACCCCUCCUCGCUCUCCUGCUACUUCCUCCCCAUUUCCUCUCUCGAGUGCGAGCGGGCGGGUGCAGCAGCCGUGGCUGAGAAGAGAGCACGGUACGCACCGCGCGACUACCAGGAGAUGAAGGUUGCCCUAGCCUCGGACGAGCCUGCUUUUUACAUAGCCGCCAACUUCCCCUGGUCACUGCGCUUCAAGUUCCAGGCUGAUGCUGCCAGAUCAGUCGAGCCCGCUAUUUACAUAGCCGCCAACUUCCCCUGGCCUCUGCGCUUCAAGUUCCAGGCUGAUGCUGCCAGUCUCUGGAGUUCUCCCUGGUACGACCGGCCAAUCACAGUGCACCACGUGGGAGGCGCUCCUGCCAUGUCAGAGGAGCUGCUCAAGGUAACAGACCAAUCAAAUAACACCGCAAGUCUCAGUGUUCCUGCCUGCUUCUGCCACCGUGUGCCUGCUUCUGCCACCGUGUGCCUGCUUCUGCCACCGUGUGCCUGCUUCUGCCACCGUGUGCCUGCUUCUGCCACCGUGUGCCUGCUUCUGCCACCGUGUGCCUGCUUCUGCCACCGUGUGCCUGCUUCUGCCACCGUGUGCCUGCUUCUGCCACCGUGUGCCUGCUUCUGCCACCGUGUGCCUGCUUCUGCCACCGUGUGCCUGCUUCUGCCACCGUGUGCCUGCUUCUGCCACCGUGUGCCUGCUUCUGCCACCGUGUGCCUGCUUCUGCCACCGUGUGCCUGCUUCUGCCACCGUGUGCCUGCUUCUGCCACCGUGUGCCUGCUUCUGCCACCGUGUGCCUGCUUCUGCCACCGUGUGCCUGCUUCUGCCACCGUGUGCCUGCUUCUGCCACCGUGUGCCUGCUUCUGCCACCGUGUGCCUGCUUCUGCCACCGUGUGCCUGCUUCUGCCACCGUGUGCCUGCUUCUGCACCGUGUGCCUGCUUCUGCCACCGUGUGCCUGCUUCUGCCACCGUGUGCCUGCUUCUGCCACCGUGUGCCUGCUUCUGCCACCGUGUGCCUGCUUCUGCCACCGUGUGCCUGCUUCUGCCACCGUGUGCCUGCUUCUGCCACCGUGUGCCUGCUUCUGCCACCGUGUGCCUGCUUCUGCCACCGUGUGCCUGCUUCUGCCACCGUGUGCCUGCUUCUGCCACCGUGUGCCUGCUUCUGCCACCGUGUGCCUGCUUCUGCCACCGUGUGCCUGCUUCUGCCACCGUGUGCCUGCUUCUGCCACCGUGUGCCUGCUUCUGCCACCGUGUGCCUGCUUCUGCCACCGUGUGCCUGCUUCUGCCACCGUGUGCCUGCUUCUGCCACCGUGUGCCUGCUUCUGCCACCGUGUGCCUGCUUCUGCCACCGUGUGCCUGCUUCUGCCACCGUGUGCCUGCUUCUGCCACCGUGUGCCUGCUUCUGCCACCGUGUGCCUGCUUCUGCCACCGUGUGCCUGCUUCUGCCACCGUGUGCCUGCUUCUGCCACCGUGUGCCUGCUUCUGCCACCGUGUGCCUGCUUCUGCCACCGUGUGCCUGCUUCUGCCACCGUGUGCCUGCUUCUGCCACCGUGUGCCUGCUUCUGCCACCGUGUGCCUGCUUCUGCCACCGUGUGCCUGCUUCUGCCACCGUGUGCCUGCUUCUGCCACCGUGUGCCUGCUUCUGCCACCGUGUGCCUGCUUCUGCCACCGUGUGCCUGCUUCUGCCACCGUGUGCCUGCUUCUGCCACCGUGUGCCUGCUUCUGCCACCGUGUGCCUGCUUCUGCCACCGUGUGCCUGCUUCUGCCACCGUGUGCCUGCUUCUGCCACCGUGUGCCUGCUUCUGCCACCGUGUGCCUGCUUCUGCCACCGUGUGCCUGCUUCUGCCACCGUGUGCCUGCUUCUGCCACCGUGUGCCUGCUUCUGCACCGUGUGCCUGCUUCUGCCACCGUGUGCCUGCUUCUGCCACCGUGUGCCUGCUUCUGCCACCGUGUGCCUGCUUCUGCCACCGUACCGUGUGCCUGCUUCUGCCACCGUGUGCCUGCUUCUGCCACCGUGUGCCUGCUUCUGCCACCGUGUGCCUGCUUCUGCCACCGUGUGCCUGCUUCUGCCACCGUGUGCCUGCUUCUGCCACCGUGUGCCUGCUUCUGCCACCGUGUGCCUGCUUCUGCCACCGUGUGCCUGCUUCUGCCACCGUGUGCCUGCUUCUGCCACCGUGUGCCUGCUUCUGCCACCGUGUGCCUGCUUCUGCCACCGUGUGCCUGCUUCUGCCACCGUGUGCCUGCUUCUGCCACCGUGUGCCUGCUUCUGCCACCGUGUGCCUGCUUCUGCCACCGUGUGCCUGCUUCUGCCACCGUGUGCCUGCUUCUGCCACCGUGUGCCUGCUUCUGCCACCGUGUGCCUGCUUCUGCCACCGUGUGCCUGCUUCUGCCACCGUGUGCCUGCUUCUGCCACCGUGUGCCUGCUUCUGCCACCGUGUGCCUGGUUCUGCCACCGUGUGCCUGCUUCUGCCACCGUGUGCCUGCUUCUGCCACCGUGUACCUGCUUCUGCCACCGUGUGCCUGCUUCUGCCACCGUGUGCCUGCUUCUGCCACCGUGUGCCUGCUUCUGCCACCGUGUGCCUGCUUCUGCCACCGUGUGCCUGCUUCUGCCACCGUGUGCCUGCUUCUGCCACCGUGUGCCUGCUCAAGAAGGCAGGCCCGCAGCAGCAGCGGUGCAAAAGGGACUAUAAAGCCGCCUCGAUUCUUACAUUGGUGGUGAGGGGACUAACUAAGCUACCCCGUUUUGAGCCGCCUCACAAACCUCCUGUGUCCCGCUUCCCCUCAACACCCGUCCGCCAUCCACCCAUCCACCCAUCCGCCCAUCGAUCCAUCCACCCAUCCACCCAUCCGCCCAUCGACCCAUCCGCCCAUCCACCCAACCAGGUGCACUGGUGGCGAAGCCAGUCGGUGCGCUUCUUCCUGCGCUCCCCCACGGCCUAUCUCUGCCAUCUCACCAACGCCGCCCGCCACCACACCUAUGGCUUCAGAGUCGCCCUCUCCCUCACUGCUGCUGCCGCUGCCAAGUCCGCUGCUCUCGAGAUUCUCCGGGGGAGCAGCAGCAGCGGUGCCAGCAGUGCGGUUGAGACCUCAAUCUGGCCACUCAACCCAGCAGCAGCAGCUAGCGGUCGCCUCUACACCCCUGCUUGCACAACCCUAGCACGGAGGGGUGAUGCUGCGGAGGAGGCAGGGGAGGGGGAGGCGGGGCAAGGGGAAGGGCGGCAAGGGGAGGCGGGGGAACGUGGGACCGGGCAGGGGGAGGUGGUAUCCUGGGCGGUGUUAUCUGAGGAGCCGUACCUGCCGCGGCCGAUAGUGAGUGUCCAUGUGAGGCAGGGCGACAAGGCAGGCGAGAUGCGGCUGCUGCCGCUGCGAGCGUUUGUGGCAGCGGCACAGCACAUGAGGAGAAAUGCUCCAAAUCUGAACCACAUCUGGCUCAGCACAGAGAUGCAGGUGCGUGGGUGGGUGGUAAGGGGGAUGAUUGACAGGAUAGGAAGGGUCUUUCUGGCAGCUGCGCAGCACAUGAGGCGGAAUGCGCCGAAUCUGAACCACAUCUGGCUCAGCACUGACAUGCAGGUGCGUGCCUUGGGUGGUUGGGUGAUUGAAGGAUUAGAAUUGGUGAUAGUGCUGCCGCUGCGGGCGUUUGUAGCAACGGCGCAGCACAUGAGGAGAAAUGCGCUGAACCUGAACCUCAUCUGGCUCAGCACAGAGAUGCAGGUGCGUGGGUUGUUUGCUUCUCCGCCUCCCUUUUUUUUCCUCGUGUCCUCCCCCGCCAUGCUUCACCACUCCCCCGCCAUGCUUCACCACUCCCCCGCCAUGCUUCACCACUCCCCCGCCAUGCUUCACCACUCCCUCGCCAUGCUUCACCACUCCCUCGCCAUGCUUCACCACUCCCUCUCCUUUGUUAUCCCUUCACCUGUCCCCCAGAGUGAGGUGGGGAGGAGACCAAGGACCAGCACUGGGAUUGCAGAACCCAAGGUGACUUUUGAGUCCACUCAAAAGUCACCCCUUCACCUGUCCCUCAGAAGUGCGGAGGAAGAGGCAAAGGAGCAGCACUGGCAUUUAUGUAGUCAACUUUGCAUCUGGCCUUUCCUUCACUUAGACCCCUCUCCCUUCCACUCUCCCGCCCAGAGUGUGGUUGAAGAAGCAAAGGAGCAGCACCGGGAUUGGACGUUUCUGUUCACACAGAACCCAAGGCAGGAGGGGGCGAUGACCAUGCACGAAUACGAGGCUGCUGUGGGUGCAGAUGUGCUGGUGGGACUCAGCUUUGUCAACCUCAUUAUAGCGUCGCAAUGCGACUAUUUUGUUGGUACACUUGGGUCGAAUUGGAAUCGGCUUAUAGAUGAACUUAGGUGUACCAAUGGACGAUUGUUUAGUGGGUACUUGGCGUUAAACCACGGCCAGUGGAGAUGA